CUGGGUUACGCCAGUUCGUGCGAUCGCUGAAUUGCCCUCUGUCGACUUUUUAUUGCGGUCUACUCGGGGACUUUUUUUGAAUUCUCCCUCUGAUCCUGCGACUCGGUUCAAUCUGACAGCUGGAACAUAUCCUGUCGAGCUUCUCGCCCUGCAGCGGUCGCGUUAGCCUAGUGUCGGCUGGGCGCUUAUUAAGAGGUUCUAUGAAUAACUAAACACAUUGUCUACUUUCGAGGGAUGUCUAGUGUUAUUUCAACCCCAGCGCCACACUAGUCAGCUUGCGCCGUAAUUCCCCAAAAUCUCCGUUUCCAUGUAUUGGUGGACACGAGAAAGAUUGCGCAACGUCAUUGAUACCGGUGGAUGAUUCCAUAUCCCCCUCAGACUCAGAAAAAAAAAUGGACUAUCCCGACCCAGAUCAUCUGGAUCCUCAUUAUCCCUCCGAGGAGCAGGCUUAUCCUGACCUCGAUGAAUCCAUCCAUUAUCCAUGGCAAGGAGCCCAGCAACCGGCGCAGGCCGAGGCUUCUCUCCAUUCGGUGAUUGAUCCCCGUCUUUACAAAGACUUAUUUUCCGCGAGUGCCUCGCAGCUCCCAGAUCAAUCGCUCGACGAGGAUGACGAGAUUCAUCAAUAUGCUGAAGAAGCGUAUCCUCAUCUUGAUGACUCAGAUGAAGACGGCAAUUAUGAAUAUUCCUCGCAGGAGAGUUCAGAGGAAGAGGGGUUAUCUGAUGGGCCGGAAGAAGGGGACGAUGACUCGGAUCCUGGAAGACGACGCCGUCGGCGGCGAGGCACCGGACCAUUUUCUGGUCGGUACGGUGCAAGAGGCGGUAAAGGCAUCAAAAGAGGGCCCCGCAAACCCCUGGAACCCAGUCCGGAAUUUAAGAUGCUUCAUUCCGAGGCGACCGCAGCAUUCAUUGACGGUGACUAUGAUCGGGCCGUUGUUCUGACCAAGCAGGCGAUUCAAAUCAAUCCAGAGAUGUUUGCUGCCCAUUCUUUGCUGUCAGAGAUCUUCCUGGCGCAGGGCCAAAAAGACAAGGCGUUGACGGCACUGUUCAGUGGUGCCCACACACGUCCUAGGGAUCCUACAGUCUGGGCGAAAGUCGCAAAGAUGAUCCUGGAUCGGGCUGGAGAGGAGCGGUUCAUGGCACUAAACGACGUCAUCUACUGCUAUAGCCGUGUUCUCGAGAUCAACCCUAGGAACUACAACGCGCGUUUCCAGCGAGCCGCAGUGUAUCGGGAGCUAGGCCACAAUAAACGGGCUGCCACAGAAUACGAAAGAAUCCUCAGAGAUCUCCCUCAUAAUAUCAGAGCUCUUCGACAUAUCGCCGAAACAUAUAUCGAUAGCAACGAAGUCCAAAAAGCCGUGGAUCACUGGUCCAAAAGCGUCAAAUACCUGACAUCCUUGGACCCAACAACGGCCCCAGAAUUCUCCUGGUCCGAUGCGAAUAUCUUUGCCGAGCUUUAUGGUUAUGUAGGCGAGCAUGCUAAAGGAUUGAAAUCCCUGAAGGCGGUCUGCAGAUGGCUUCUUGGGCGUAGGGGUGAUAGCAUGUGGGAGCGAUUUGACGAGGAUGACCGGGAAUGGGAUGCUGACGAUUCUCCCCGACGUAUCAAAACAAAUGGAUACAUGCCGGGUCAGUGGCCGCGGGACUCGUACGGGCUAGGCCUUCCACUGGAACUGCGGAUCAAGCUCGGGCUGUUUCGCUUAAAGAUGGGAUAUGAGCACAAGGAUGAAGCAUUGCAUCAUUUUGAAUGGCUAAACCCCGAAGAUACUUCGGAAGGAGCCCGACUUUUUGAUUAUGGCGACUUGUUUCGAGAAGUUGCAGAUGCAAUGAAGGAAGUGGGCCUGCUUGAAGAUGCUCUCCGAUUCUAUCUGCCUCUCCAGCAAACCAAUGAACACGCGGAUGUUAGUUUCUUCCUGGCCAUGGGAGAUUGCUGUGCGCAGUUAGAACGGUUUGACGAGGCGGAAAAUUGCUUUCUCACUGUCGCGGAAUAUGACCCGAGAAACAUCGAGUCGCGUGUACAGUUAGCAAAGCUGUACGAGAGCAUUGAUAUGACUGAACGGGCCCUCAAAUACGUUAGUGAGGCGGUGUUGCUUGGAAGACAGGAGAGCAGAAGUAAUCGACGGAGAAAAGACACAAGACUCGAAAACCUGGCAAUGGAAUUUAAAACGGCGGAAUUGGGACCAGAGGCGAUGACCUUCAGGCCAAUUGCGCCCCGACCUUCCGAGGAGGAGGAAGAGGAAGCGCCAGCAGGACCAGCCUUGACGACGGCUCCGACGGCUCCGACGACAAAAGAACGACCCGAGGAUGGCAACAGAACGGAGAAUGUCAAGUAUCUCUAUUCCAAACUCCUGCAGCUACAACCCCAUGUGAAAGAUGGUCACGUCGAAGCAAUAGAGGACUGGUUGGACAUUGCAGACGCUUUGUUGCGCGAGUUCCGGUCCAAUCGAAUCUUCUACCCAAUGAUCCGAGGCACCGCCUUUUUGGGUUACUCAAAAGCAGCACGAAAGAAGGCCAACAAAUCUAAGAGCCGAUCGUUCAUUGAUGAGAUGCAAGAGAUGGCAGGUCGUCUCCAGGAAACUUUGGGGAACGAUCCUGAGGAAGACGCGCUAGGGCCAAUUCCUACAGACUACCAUGGUAUAUCUUUCGAGGAAUGGCUCGAUCUAUUCCUUCAAUAUGCGCUCGUGGUGACCAGUCAGAAUGAGGUCGACGAAGCAUAUGAUAUGCUUGCCGCAGCUGCCGAGGCUAGCAUUUGGUACCACUCGAAGGAGAACACCCGUCAGAUUCAUGUCUGUUGGUUUACCUGUGCGUUACGAGCGCAAGACGAAGAAACCCUAGCGAGCGAGGCGCGCUGGUUUAUCAAAGAAUACCAGUUUGUCACCGACACGUAUCGUCUCUUCAGCAUGCUCAGUCGCCUCAGCGGGGAUCCUCACCGAUCCUUAUUCCACUCCUCGCCUAAUAUGAAAUUCAUGCUGCGUCAGAUCAAGGCCAUGGACUUCACUCUACCCAAGAAAGGAGGAAAUGUCCGUUCAAUUAGACCCGUUCGAGAGUCAAUAUACCGAGAACGUGCCUCGCUCUCGACCAGAGACGAUACCGGAGAAGCCAUCCCGGCCGAGGAACUGGACGUCGCGCUGCUAGUGCUCUACGGGCACAUUCUCUACUCGGGAAACAGUUUCGUCCCGGCCCUGAAUUAUUUGUUCCGCGCGUAUGAUCUCGACGACCAAAACCCCGCCGUACUCCUCUCUAUCGGCCUUUGCUAUAUUCACCAGUCGCUGAAGCGCCAGUCCGAGAACAGACACUACCUCAUCAUGCAGGGCCUAUCGUUCAUGCACGAGUACCGCCGAGUCCGCGAACAAAAGGGCACCCUCUUCUCGGAGCGCCAGGAAAUGGAAUUCAAUUUCGCUCGCGUCUGGCAUAUGCUUGGAAUCGCCCAUUUAGCUGUGGAGGGGUACGAAAAGGUCCUAACUCUGACCGAGGAGCAGAAACAGACUCAACAAACGCAGAACGGCAGCGAUGUGACCAUGGCGGAUGUGCAGGUUUCGCAGGAGCAGGAGCAUGAGCAAGAGCAGGAAAAAACCCCCUUCGUGGAGGACUUCUCGCGUGAGGCGGCUGUAGCCUUGCAGAAUAUUUAUGCGCUUAGUGGAGAUUUGAAAUCGGCACAGGAGGUUACCGCCAAGUAUCUGGUUAUAUAGAAGAACCUAGUGCUAUAUCUUGAUCAAUCGAAUUCAAACGC